AUGAGGCUCCUUUCCUUCGUCGUCAGCUCCCUGCUGGCAGUCGGCUCACUUGCUGCCAAGAAGCCCGCCGCCGACCGCUUCCAGACUUUCCUGGCGCAGUCCCAGACCCAGAACCCUAUCAAGCUCGAUGAUUCCUCAUACAGGAAGCUCACCCGGGCCCCGAGGGACUACAGUGUGUCGAUCCUGCUGACGGCCAUGGACGCCCGCUACGGCUGCCAGCUGUGCCGCGAGUUCCAGCCCGAGUACGACUUGCUGGCCCGGAGCUGGCUCAAGGGCGACAAGAAGGGCGAUUCGCGCGUCAUCUUUGCGGUUUUGGACUUUACCGAUGGCAAGGACACUUUCAUGAGCCUUGGUCUGCAAACAGCCCCGGUCUUGUUCUUCUUCCCGGCUACCACCGGCCCGCACGCCGUGUCUAGCCCCGAGCCGAUACGAUACGACUUUAACAAUGGUGCCUUGGAGGCCGAGCAGGUACACGGCUGGCUUAGCCGCAACCUCCCCGACCGCCCGCACCCGCCCGUCAAGCGCCCGAUCAACUGGAUGCGCUGGAUAACUGGCACCGUUUCGCUCCUUGGCGUUUCCACAGCUGCCUUCCUCGCAUGGCCCUACGUCGUCCCCGUCAUCACUAACCGCAACGUCUGGGCUGGCCUUACUUUGGUCUCCAUUCUGGUCUUUACCAGUGGUCACAUGUUCAACCACAUCCGCAAGGUGCCCUACGUUUCUGGUGAUGGCCGCGGUGGUAUUAGUUAUUUCGCCGGCGGCUUCCAGAACCAGUAUGGCUUGGAGACGCAGAUUGUCGCCGCUAUUUAUGGCAUCCUGGCUUUUGCGGCGAUCUCUCUCGCCGUCAAGGUUCCCCGGAUAGCGGAUGCCAAGACUCAGCAGGUGGCCGUGAUCGUCUGGGGUGGCGUCAUGCUGGCCAUGUACAGCUUCUUGCUCAGCACUUUCCGCAUCAAGAAUGGUGGAUACCCAUUCUCUCUACCGCCUUUCUUCUGA